GCGUCCUCCAAGCCACCAACACCGCUCGCGGUCCCUCGGGGAAACCUGCGAGGAAGAGCGCGCACGUGCGCGCAACUGAGCAUGCGCCGUGGCCCGCCCACUGGGCGAAGGCAGUAGAAGCGACGUUGCAAAGUCAACUGCUCUCUCUCCCCGCCCCCAGGCCGCCGGGACCUGGAGCGACCGGGAGCCGGCGCCCGUGCGUGAUGACGUACUUGCUCGCGAAGACGUGGGGACGCAGGCGGGCCGUAAGAGAGCGGCGUCAGUGUUGGGGGUAUAUAGAGAAGUAUUCAGGACCUGAAGCAGCUGCCCUAAAGCCUAGACUCACUGUGAUGUUGAGAAGAGUGCCACACUGUGGUUGAGACUACACGUCACUUUGAUCAGUCUUCUGCUCCUAAGUCCACACUGUGGUUCCUGGGUAUUGUGACUCAGCUGCCUGUGUAUUCCCUAAACCUGACCACAUCUUCCUAUCUCCGGCUUGAUAUCUCACCAUGCAUCGGAGAUCAAGAGGAGUUAACAUUGGGCUGCUUCUGCUCCUUUCUCAAAUCUUCCAGGUUGGAAUCAACAAUGUUCCACCUGUCACUCUGGCAACGUUGGCUCUCAACAUCUGGUUCUUCUUGAAUCCCCUGAAGCCGCUGCUUAGCUCCUGCCUCAGCGUGGAGAAGUGUUACCAUCAGAAGGACUGGCAGCGCCUGCUGCUUUCUCCUCUUCACCACGCGGAUGACUGGCACCUAUAUUUCAAUAUGGUAUCCAUGCUGUGGAAAGGAAUUCAUCUGGAGAGAAGACUGGGGAGUAGAUGGUUUGCCUACAUCAUCGUCACGUUCUCCCUCCUCACUGGGGUGGUGUACCUGUUCUUGGAAUUUGCUCUGGCAGAAUUUCUGAAUGAGCCUGACUUCAAAAGGAAUUGUGCUGUCGGUUUCUCAGGAGUAUUGUUUGCUUUGAAAGUUCUGAACAACCAUUGUUGCCCUGGAGGCUUUGUCAACGUUUUGGGCUUUCCUGUAUCCAACAGAUUUGCUUGUUGGGUGGAACUCUUGGCUAUUCAUUUCAUCUCGCCAGGGACUUCCUUUGCCGGGCAUCUGGCUGGAAUUCUUGUUGGACUGAUGUACACUCAUGGGCCUCUGAAGAAGAUCAUGGAAUCGUGCACAGGCAUUUUCCCAUCCAACAUUGAUUAUCCAGGACAGCAGUACUACUUUAAUAGUUCAGGCUACUCUGGAUAUCAGGAUUAUUACCCAUACGGCGGGCAAGGUGCCUAUGAAGAUGUCCCCAGGAACUAUGACACGUACACCGCGGGACUGAGUGAAGAGGAGCAGCUGGAGAGAGCAUUGAGAGCCAGCCUCUUGGACCAAGGCCGGGAACCAAGACUGCUGAGCCUGUGUGCCCUAGAGCCCAUGCUGUGCAACAAGAGAAGCUACCACAAUGAAAUGCCUGCACGCUGCAGCUAGAGAAAAGCCCGAGCAGCGAUGAAGACACAGCAGCCAAAAAUUAAAAUAAAUAAAAAUUUAAAAAAAUUAUCAAAAAGUUUCAAAUUAAGUUUUCCAAAUAGAGGUUUUUAAAUGUCUUCUUGGUCAACGUUAACUUUCCUGUGGGAAUUUCUACUACACAUUUCAUGGUUGAGUGUUUCCAGAACCUUCAAUGGAGAUGUGUGAAAGUGGAGGGAAUAUAAAAUCCCCAGAUAUUUUCCAGCCCACAGCUAACACUCAGCCAACUAUAGGCAGAAUCUUCCACUUUAGUGGAAAGUUAGAAAAGACGAUAUUACAUGGAGAACUUUAUGAAAGGCACAGCUCACUGACAUCAAGGAGAAUUAAAUGCAUUUGUGACCACACUUGAUUUCUGGAAAAAAGAGAAUCACCAUUGGUGUCCAGCAGGACUAUGGGUCCAUCUAAGGCCUAUGAGACAAGGAAGGUCAAGUGUACUGUUACUGAGUAACUCGAGACGAUGUUUCAGAGAUUUUGGUGGUUUUCAAUCCUGGCUGCCGGUCAGAAUCAUCUGAGGAGCUUUUAAAAAUUAUCGGUGCCUGGACCCCCAAAUAAGCCGGAGUGCAUGGCCAGUAGGGCAGGGGUGAGGGUGUGUACACCGAGACAGCCAUGUGGGCGCAGGCACUAGGGUUGCGUUAUGAGCAUCCUGCGAUGCGUGCAGGCCUUCACGUGGGGAGCUCCUUGAGGACAAAGGAGAGACGUUUCCAUUUAUCUCUAUAUCACUCUUUAGCUGUAGAAGACGACAGAGGGUACCUUUUUAAAAAAAAAAAAAAUUUAAUUGAAAGUACAAAUAGUACCAUCCAUUUAGUAGUUACCUAGAUUUCUAAAUUCUAUGUAAUUUUUAGAAUAUAUGGAAAACCCAUAUUGUGCCAGGAAUGAGCAAGGUAGCCACGCCCUCUUCCCCUAAAAUGAAGAUUAAAACCAAAGUUUCUGCCUGCAGGAAACUUAGUCAAGUGGAAGAGAGAGAGAGAGAAGGUUAGGAGGAGGGAACUAAGAAGGAAUCAACAGAAACAGCCGUUGUCUGAGUUAACCUGUUGUUAAUCAGAGAGAAGGGUGACUGAUGGUCGGGAAUAUUUAGGAAUGGGAUGGAUUGAUGGAGAGAAGGAGAGCGAGCGAGUCGUAAAUGGUUUCCUCUUAGGUUUACAUGAUGAGAAAGGAAAUCAUUAAGAAGAACUUACAUCACAUACUAGUUCUUACUGGAAAUCAUACAAUUAAGAAACUGUAGAAGAGCAUGUUUGUUUUUCAUUUAUUCUGUUUUUUAGUCUUGCCUUUAUUAAUGAGGAAUGUUGACAUAAACAUAAAGCAGCACAUUUUAAUGA